UUGCGUUGCGUUUCCUUCCUCUUUCACUCCACGCUCGCGGCGGCGGCGGCGCGAGACUGUCCCGGCCGCCCGCUCUUCGCCUCCCGCGUUCCCGCCUCGUUCGGCCGGCCAGUCCGGCGUCGUCAGGCUGUCGGCCGCCCGCGCCCGCCAGCGCUCGUACCCCGCGCUCGCUUCCAGGCCCAGCGGCCGAAGCUAGCGCCCGCCUGAGAGCCUCCUCGCUCCGGCGGCGCGGGCACCAGGAGCGUCGCGUCGCGUCGCGUCGCGUCGCGUCGCAGCGACCGGAGGGGAGCGAGCCCGCGGGGUUCCCGGGGCAGGUGGUGGUGCCGCGAAGAUGGUCGCCAAGCAGCGGAUCCGUAUGGCCAACGAGAAGCACAGCAAGAACAUCACCCAGCGCGGCAAUGUCGCCAAGACCUCGAGAAAUGCUCCCGAAGAGAAGGCGUCUGUAGGACCCUGGUUAUUGGCUCUCUUCAUAUUUGUGGUUUGUGGCUCUGCAAUUUUCCAGAUUAUUCAAAGUAUCAGGAUGGGCAUGUGAAGUGACUGACCUUGAGAUGUUUCCAUUCUCCUGUGAAUUUUAACUUAAACUCAUUCCUGAUGUUUGAUACCCUAGUUUAAAAUAAUUCAGUAAAGCAUCCUGCCUCAGAAUGACUUUUCUUAUCAUCCUUCAUGUGUCAUUCCAAGGUUUCUUCACAAGUCAUUCCAAUUUUUCUAGUCCAUACCACAGUGCCUUGCAAAAGCACCACAUGAAUAAAGCAAUAAAAUUUGAUUGUUAAGCUAAUAGUAGUGGACCCUGCUUAUUCAGUCAGUAAAGACUUAAGUUUUUUAAAUGUGUUCUUAAAACAGUAUACAGUAUAAUAAUUAGAUUAAAUCUGUGUAGACAGGGUCUAGGUUUUGCUAACCCUAAUGUGUAAAUGCAGUUAGCUUACUUUAAAAUUUGGAAUCAUGGUUUUUUAUAUCUAGGCACUUUAUUACUGUCUCAUGAAUUGAAAGCACACUCCCAUGUAGCAUCAUGUAACUGUCCUGUAAGGUGCUUAUAAGUGGAACAACUGCUAUUAGCCUAGUUUCUCCAGUCUUAAGCACCUAAACAAUUUUAAAAGCUUCUAAAUGUCUAAUAUAAGGGGAGAUGCUUAUAGCAACAAUGUCUAUUUUAACAAUAUCUCUAUUAUACUACCUUGGAUUUUGCAUGAAUGAAUAUACUAACCUAAGAUGCCAUUAAAAAAAAAUUGGUUGAGCAUUUUGCAACUUAAUCAGUCACUUCAGUUUCACUUCACUGAAAGCUACCACGGGUGGAAUAAAGUCAGGGAAAGCUUGUUUAUGUCACAUUGAUUUGACCAGAAUCACUUUAAUAUAUCAAAGGAAUCUACUAUGCUAGACAACAGUUUAGGGGAUAAUACUACUAAAAAUGGAUGCUUCAUCAAGACAUUCUGUUGAGUCCAGUGUGCCAUUAGACAUCUUAGCAUGUUGAUAGCACUUUUAAUACCAAAAAGGCACAUCAACUAAAAAAAAUUGUACUUAGUUUGGAAAUGCAUUUCUAGAAAAUGUGAUUAAAAUGCUACUAGAUAUAUCAGAUUAAAGCGUCAUCUGGAAUUAGUUAAUUCUCUUUUGUCUUCCCUUUCUUGUGUGAUUUUUAUCAGCUAUGUUGAUCAAACUUUACUAGUGGUAAGGGUGAGUGAUAGGCAGGUUUUGGGUUUUCUGGUCUUGUUGAAAACUUAAGUAGUGGCUAUUUAUGUACUUAGCCAUAACUUGAUGUAAAAAACCUGAGAGGUUUCUGUAUUAAUGAAUUGGGCAGAAAACUGCUUGUUUCCUAUAAUUGCCACAGGUUACCUCUUUUAAAAUAAGCUGUUUUACAAGGAACAGAAGGGAAAUCUACCUAGCUUUUACACAGUGUGAACCUCUGAGUUUCUUUAUACUCCCAAGUAUGGGGAGAGUGAGAGAGAGGAGUAGUUAAGAACAUUUAGGAAUCUGACUACUCCAGAAUAGGAAAAGUAUCAGCUGACCUUGUCAGCAGGUUUUUUUCCUGCAUUGUUACUUGCCUUUAUCACCCAGGAAAUCAACCGCUAUACUUGUUUCCUUCUUUGACACAAUGUCUUGGUUAAUUCUAUUUUAUUUUAACUCUAAAAAUGAAAGUUCUAAAUUCAUAGCAGGUGCCUUAUUCUUUGCUUUGAGUCAAACCAUUCCUAUCAGAAUAUCCCUCUAUUAGUUAUAGAUAAUUGGCUUUAAGAUUUUUUUAAUGUAUAGCGUCUAUUAAUUUGACUUAAAUUGCUACUGUUUUACAUAUGUGAAGUUCCAUUCCCUUUGUAUUUCAUGUGUAAUUUACCAAUUGAGUGCAUUUUAUAUUCAGAAUGGAUUAUGCAUGUUUGGGUUAAUAAAAGCUGUGUCUUAUCUGAUUUAUCCUUUAAAAAUAAAGUUCCCUAAAUAUUU